UUCAGUGCCUAGAAUUUUAACCAUUUCCAAUAAAGCUCCCUUUUGUCUUUAGAAAUACAAUCAUUGAUGCACCAGUCAAGUUUAAUCAACACAGCAAAAUUUUAUGUGGAGCAUCUUUGUCCUUCUUCCCUCUCACUAAAAAUAGAGGAUUUUGAAGGUUAAUUAUGGCCAUCAACAACCUUCUUGUCUUUAUUUGUUGCAUAUUUAUUUUGAGUUUUCAAUUUUCUGAAGCAAUUCAAGCUGGUUCUCUUGUCACCAAUUUGCCUGGUUUCACUGGAAAGUUUCCAUCCAAACACUACUCAGGAUAUGUGAGUGUAGAUGAGAAGAAUCUUUUCUACUACUUCGUCGCUUCAGAAAGAAAUCCCUCAAAGGAUCCUGUUGUUCUUUGGCUCAAUGGUGGCCCUGGUUGCUCCAGCUUUGAUGGCUUUGUUUAUGAACAUGGGCCAUUCAAUUUUGAAGAAGGAAAUCCAAAAGGGAGCCUGCCCAAGUUGCAUCUCAAUCCAUAUAGCUGGACAAAGGUUUCAAGCAUUAUUUAUUUGGAUUCUCCAGCUGGGGUUGGACUGUCUUACUCCAAAAAUGAAAGCAAAUACAUAACUGGAGACAUACAAACUGCAGUUGAUACACAUGCUUUCCUCCUUAAGUGGUUUAAGCUAUACCCUGAGUUUCUCAACAACCCAUUUUAUAUCUCUGGAGAGUCUUAUGCUGGUAUUUAUGUACCUACUCUUGCUUCUCAACUAGUCAAAGGAAUAAAAGCUGGCGACAAACCUAGAAUCAACUUCGAAGGUUACUUGGUGGGAAAUGGAGUAACAGAUAGAAUGUUUGACGGAAAUGCUCUUAUUCCCUUUGCCCAUGGAAUGGGACUUAUCUCAGAUGAUCUUUUUGAGGAAGUUGAAGGUGCUUGUAGAGGAACCUACUAUGAUUAUGAAUCCAAUGAUGGUUGCAUGAGGAGUAUGCUAAAAGUUGACGAGGCUCUAACUGGACUAAAUAUUUACAACAUUCUUCAACCUUGCUUCCAUGAACCUCUAUCACAACAAGAUAGCAAUGCAAAUUCAAGCUUGCCGGCGAGCUUCCAGCAGCUAGGGGCCACUGAGAGGCCUCUCAAAGUGAGAAAAAGAAUGUUUGGGCGAGCUUGGCCUCUCUGGUCUACUGUAAAAGAUGGCAUUGUCACAUUGUGGCCUCAACUUAUUGAAGGAGAUGAACAUCGCCAUAUUGCAUGUGUUGAUGAUGAAGUUGCAAGUGUAUGGCUAAACAACGAAGCAGUUAGAAAAGCUCUUCAUGCAGAUCCAGUUGAUGUAGCAGGCAGUUGGGAAUUAUGUACAGAUAGAAUUACUUAUCAUAAUCAACUUGGAAGUAUGAUUCCUUACCAUAAAUCUCUAACUUCUCAGGGAUAUCGAGCACUUAUAUUCAGUGGAGACCAUGAUAUGUGUGUACCAUUUACUGGGAGCCAAGCAUGGACUAGGUCCCUUGGAUAUAAGAAAAUUGGUGGAUGGAGAUCAUGGAUAUCCAAAGGCCAAAUUGCAGGGUACUUGCAAAGUUAUGACCAUAACCUCACCUUUCUCACGGUCAAGGGAGCAGGGCAUACAGUCCCUGAGUACAAGCCACAAGAGGCUUUGGACUUCUACAGCCGCUGGUUGGAUGGACAUCGAAUUUAACAGCAGACUUCUUAUUUUCCAUCUUCGGACAUCGAAUUUAACAGCAGACUUCUUAUUUUCCAUCUUCAGAUUAUGAAAGAAAAACUAGAUUUACUUUAAAACAUAUUAUAAGAUCCUUAAAAGGUGAAGUAAAUUCAGAUUUUGAAAGGAUCGAAAUGAGGAUCUGAUCGAAUUCAGACUAUUUGUGUGCAAAAUUCAUGGAAAUGGACUUGAUUCUAGGCAAAAAAAAAAAAAAAAAAAAAAA